AUGCACUUCAACUUCUCUACCAUUGCCGUGGUCCUCGCCGCCAUGAGCGUCGCCGUCGAGGCUGCCCCCAAGGGAGGACGCGGCCGUGCGAGGGUCAAGCAGGGUGCCAAAGACCACGCCGGCGACGUCGCUGGUGGUAUCGUCACUGGCGCUGGAUUCAUCCCAUCGACUGCUGGCAAGCACGUGAUGCACAACUGCUGCAUCAACUCCGGCGGCUGGACAUACAACCCGGACGCUGUCGAGCUUACCAAGAAGGUGUGCAAGAACUUCACAUCCGCCCAGUGGUACAACAACGCUUGCACCGAGGCCGCGGGUUCUGAACCCAUCUCUGGUGACUCUUUCUACUCCGCUUGCAAGGCCGCGAAGCCCGAUGGCGGCGACAACGUCGGCGCUGGCUACCGCGCUACUUGCUAA